CUGGGACGCAGCUUCGGAAUGUAUCCUACCCUCUCUCUCUCUCUUUUAGUAGUAAAUUAGUAGGAGGUACUUAACAGGCAGAUGCGCGAUGUAUUAGUAGGAGUGAGCAGCGGAACAUGGGAGAUUAGCAUCUUCCCUCCUUUUCUCUCCUCUUUGUGUUACAUCUGCUAAUCCUAUCCCUCCUGGCCUUUUUAUUCCCUCCUCAGCUGCCAAGCAAAAGAUUAAUGCAUGAAAACAAUUCCAGAUUUUGGGUUAAUAUACUACUAAUUUAACAAUAAUAUUAAUUCCGCCGAGAUUCUCUGUUUAAACUCUUGUGUGCCAAAGAUAUCCUAGUAGUACUAUAUAUAUAUAUAUAUACAAGCAGAUUUCAUCGACAAGAACGGCCAAAUUCGACGCCGCCGAUACGUUAGACUUUUCCUUUUCUAAUCGAGGCGGGGCAACUAUUAUAGGCGGCGGCUUUUAGUUUAGGUGAAAUUUUGGAAUUGGAAUCCUUUUUGUUUUCUCUUCCUUUUUUUUUUUUUUUCCGUUUUGAUUGGGUGAUAUUAAUGAGGUUGAACGGAGAGAUUUCAAUUGCAAACGUUGACGAUGACGACGACGGCGACGGAGAAAGGAAAGAGAACGAACUAGGUUUAAUUAGGUCUCCGACGCCGACAGCGCCGCCUACGAGACUCGUCGUCGGCUACGCUCUCACGUCUAAGAAGAGGCAGAGCUUCUUGCAGCCCAAGCUUCUUGCAUUAGCUCGAAGUAAAGGAAUUUUGUUUAUUGCUGUUGAUGUAAAGCAGCCAUUAUCGGAUCAAGGUCCAUUUGAUGUUGUUCUGCACAAGUUGGCAGGAAAGGAAUGGAGCCAGAUGAUUGAGGAUUAUGGGCAAAAGAAUCCAAAUGUUACUGUCUUAGAUCCUCCUGAUGCUAUAGAACAUGUAAACAAUCGUCAGUCCAUGCUGGAGGAUGUUGCUGAUCUAAACUUACCUGAUUAUUAUGGUAACAGUGUAAUUGGGUUUUGGGCCCUUAAAUUGCUUAUAGGCAGAGUCACUGUUCCAAGGCAGUUGGUUUUCACAACAGAUCCAUCAUCUAUUCCGCAUGAGGUUACGAAAGAAGGUCUUAAACUUCCCUUAGUUGCAAAACCUUUGGUAGUGGAUGGAAGUGCAAAGUCCCAUGAACUUUUUCUUGCAUAUGACAAAGUUUCUCUUGCUAAACUCGAGCCGCCUUUGGUAUUACAGGAGUUUGUUAAUCAUGGCGGUGUUCUCUUUAAAGUGUAUAUUAUUGGAGAAUUCAUAAAAGUUGUCAGGCGCUUCUCUCUACCUGAUGUGUGUAAACGUGAACUGUCAAAAAUUGCUGGUGUAUUCCCUUUUCCAAGAGUUUCAUGUGCUUCAGCUUCUGCAGAUGGCGCUGAUCUGGACCCGAAGGUUGCCGAACUCCCUCCGAGUCCUUUGCUCGAGAUGCUUGCAAGAGAGCUUCGCCUUCGAUUGGGUCUCCAGCUGUUCAAUGUAGACAUAAUACGGGAGUAUGGGACAAGAGAUCUGUAUUACAUAAUCGAUAUCAACUACUUCCCCGGAUAUGGUAAGAUGCCUGAUUACGAGCAUACAUUUACCGAAUUUCUUCUCAGCCUUGAGCAAAGCAAAUACGAGAAGGUACUUGUAGCAUAGACGUUAAACAUACAUAUCCUCGAGGGUGCUAACUCUUCAAGCUACUGGUGACUAAAGUCAUCUCCACAAGUUGUUUCACCGUCUCCAUCCACGCAUGACAGGCACGCCGUGUCCUUUUUUAAUGGAUCUGUCAUUUUUUUAAAACCAGGAAAUAGGUUGUUGUACAUUCUCUGACUUAUCCAAAUAAUGAAUAUUUUGCUGUAAAUAUUGAGUUACUUUUUCCGGAUGACUUCUUUUGCAAUUCGUCGUCAUGCCACCCUUUUCUACUGGA